AUGGCAGGUGAACAGAAGCCCUCAAGUAACCUCUUGGAACAGUUUAUCUUACUAGCCAAAGGUACCAGUGGUUCAGCCCUCACUGCUCUCAUAAGCCAAGUUUUGGAGGCUCCUGGAGUAUAUGUCUUUGGAGAACUGCUGGAGCUGGCCAAUGUGCAGGAGCUUGCAGAAGGAGCAAAUGCGGCUUAUUUGCAGUUGCUGAACCUGUUUGCCUAUGGAACAUACCCAGAUUACAUAGCCAACAAGGAGAGCCUGCCAGAACUGAGCACAGCUCAGCAGAACAAGCUGAAACACCUCACCAUCGUGAGCUUGGCGUCGAGGAUGAAGUGUAUCCCCUACUCCGUGCUACUGAAGGACCUGGAGAUGCGGAACCUCCGGGAACUGGAGGACCUCAUCAUUGAGGCGGUCUACACUGACAUCAUCCAGGGCAAGCUGGACCAGCGAAACCAGCUGCUGGAAGUGGAUUUCUGCAUUGGCCGUGACAUCCGAAAGAAAGAUAUCAAUAAUAUUGUCAAGACCUUGCAUGAAUGGUGUGAUGGCUGUGAGGCAGUCCUGCUGGGCAUCGAGCAGCAAGUUCUGAGAGCCAACCAGUACAAGGAGAACCACAGCCGAACUCAGCAGCAGGUAGAGGCUGAGGUUACCAACAUUAAGAAGACCCUCAAAGCUACCGCGUCCUCCUCUGCUCAGGAGAUGGAACAGCAGUUGGCCGAACGAGAGUGUCCCCCUCACGCCGAGCAGAGGCAGCCCACUAAGAAGAUGUCCAAAGUGAAAGGUCUGGUCUCCAGCCGCCACUAG